CCCACCCCCAAUCCGAGGCGAGAAGACCACCACCCCAUCCCGGCGGCGGCGGAUCACGCUGUGCGCUUGCGCGCGUGCCUGCGGCUGCGUGAGGAGAGAAAAAGGAAGGAUAAAAAGAGGCGCGUCGGUUGCAGUUAGGUAGGAGAUCGAGGUCUCGCCCCGCCCCCACGCACUAAAGGCCACCGCUGCCGCUGGGUUUCCCAGUUUGGACCGGCGCGGCAUAGCUUCCCUUGGUGCGGUGGGUGGUGCCGUGCCGUGCCGUGCUGGCGGCGGCCUCCCGACCUACUACUAUCCAGCCAGACCCAGACCCACCGCGUGAUCCAUUGCAGCGAUAUUGGGGGCGCGCGGAGGAGGAGGAGGAAGAGGAGUCCGCACCCGGCAGAGAAGGGAAUCAUGAGCGGAACAGGGUACACGGUGGAAGUCACUAACCUGUCAAGCAGCGCUUCUGAAAAUGAUCUUCAUGAGUUCUUCUCAUUCUCUGGACCUAUUGAGCAUAUAGACCUUAUCAGAUCAGGAGGGUAUGGUUCAACUGCUUAUGUGACUUUCAAGGAACCCUAUGCCUUGGAAACUGCAGUAUUGCUGAGUGGGGCUACCAUUGUGGAUCAGCCAGUGUGCAUAUCUCGUUGGGGACAGCCUGAUGAGCCUUGUAAUUUCUGGGACAGACCAACUUGGCAGGUCGAGGAGGAAAUUGAAUAUAGGGACUACCAAUCAUGCCAGUUCAACGCCACUCCACAGGAAGCAUUGACAGUGGCUCAGGACGUCGUGAAGACAAUGCUGUCAAGGGGGUACAUACUGAGCAAGGACGCAUUGUCCAGGGCUAGAGCUUUCGACGAGUCCCACCAGCUAUCUGGGUCUGCGGCAGCAAAGGCUGCGGAGCUGAGCAGGAGGCUUGGCCUGACGGACAGAGUCAGCGCUGGUGUUGGCGCAAUCAGAUCAGUGGACGAGACAUACCAUGUUACUGAGACGACCAAGACCGUCGCCACCGCCACCGGAAGAACAGCAGUCAAGGUUAUGAACACCAUCGUGACCAGCAGCUACUUCUCCGCAGGAGCUAUGAUGGUGUCCGAUGCUCUCACCCGCGCCGCCAAGGCCGCUGAAAAUCUGGCUGCUCACGGCAGGCAGAAUUAAGUGGAAACAAACACCCCGUUCGAACAGUUCGUUGUGUCGGUUAUACAAAAGUCAGUUAUUCAGACACCAGGGUUGAACUUAAGAGUCUUAAGGUAUGAUAUUUAUGUGCUAUGUAUGAUACAGUAUAUAAUAACAGUAUUGUGGUAGCUAGAGAAAACUGUCAGUUAUUCAGACAACAAAUGUGGUUUGAACAAGCUAUGUGCAGAAUUCAGUCAAGGUGGUCGUGCAAUCA